CCCCUCCUCAAACACCUCCACACCGAGGAUUGUGAAUUUCGGAGGGACGCAAACAUUUGGUCCAUAGCGCAUCCCAGACACACAUUCACGGGUUAGAAGACAACAUUGUUAAGAUGGCAGUACUCCCCACACUGAUCUACAGAUGCAGUGCGAUUCCUAUUAGAAUCUCUGCUGACUUCUUUGGAGAAAUUAAUAAACUGCUUUGAAAAUUUCCAUGAAAUUGCAAGAGACCCAGGAUAGCCAAAACAGUCUUGAACAAAAAGAACAAAGUUGGAAGAUCUUAUGUGGAUCAACGAGAGGUCAUGAACUGAGGGCCUCUGUGUGGGAGACCCCCGGCCCAGAAAAGGAAUUUGUUUCCAAGUACAUGGUAGUGUUUGAGAGUACCAGCCCUGUGUUUUUCUUCAAGGUUCUCCCAUAACUGAGUUUUCUUGUUGCCACAGAGUCCUUGAGAGUGGAGAUGGCAGGGAAGACUCAGACUGUGUUGCGGAAUCACAAUGCCAUCAUCUCCUGCAAGGUCCUUGGUUCUUCACCCCUGAACAUCAAAAAUGUGGGUGUUAUCUGGUCUCGGAAGAACCCAGUGGAUGGAACAGAUGUCACAGUGUUUGAGUUUUAUGGAGACCACCGAGAGGCGUUCCGAUCAGGAGCCAGUGUGUCUCUUCAGGGGCUGGUGAAGGGGGAUGCCUCCCUGCAGCUGCCUGAGGUCCAGCUGUCUGAAGCAGGAGAGUACCGAUGUAAGGUGGUGAAUACCCCUGACAGGGGCCAGGGGACAGUCCUUCUGAAGGUUGUAGCUUGCCCAGUCAGCAGCUUGUCUGUGGAGGAAGCCAAGCAACGUCUUCUGUGUGAGGCAAGUGGGUUCUACCCAAAGAACAUUAACAUAACGUGGUGUAAAUGGAGCCAGGAGAAUUCCCAGUGUGUGAACAUUUCUGAGAACGUCACCACUAAUGCUGCCAUUACGAAUGAAGACAACACAUUUAAUGUCACUAGCUCUUUGAAGCUGAAGCGCUCUCUGGAACACAAUGCGACCUACCAAUGUAGGGUAGAGCACGUGUUCUUGUGCACCCCCUGGAGGAGGAACAUCACCAUGCCUGACAAUGGUGGAGAGCAGUGA